UUGUCAAACACGAGGUUUAAACAUCGAGUAAGCUGAUUCCAUUCCUGGCUAGCAGAUGGCCAGAGUCCAGUACACUCCUCCAUUGCAGCCUUGUUCACACCGCACAACCUCAGACCAGACGGCCACUUCCAAUAUACGCUCUAUCGAAUGCCUCAACCUAACUUUGAAGAUCUACUGACGGUAGAGCUACCGGGAGCCUUGGACUUCCAUCAUAUAUCACUCAAGCUAUUCCGGAUCUCACAGUUACUCCCCAUUGAUGUCUUACCGGCCCACUAUCCGCGUGGUCCUGCUACGGCAUGGCGCGCCUUCUGGUUGUCUUCCUUCCCACACCAGGCGCACACCGUGCUCUGGAGAUAUUACCAUCGUAAGUUGCCAACACGCCAGCGUCUCCACCAGCUUUGUCUUAACCAAUGUUUUCAACUUCAAGCAUAAAGAAUCUCAUAGUUUUGUUUAGAAAAUUCUAAUCUUGAUGACGAUCUUAU